UUGUAAAGUCGUAUUCUUAUUUUUUAUCGUUGUUUUUAUAAUUAUUAAUAAUAUUUGAAGUUUAAACGUUACAAUUUAUGAUGCUCUUGGCUGGCACUAACUGGUCAUCGCCACAUAAAUUUACGUUUUUCUGAAGACGAUCUGAAUGUCACAAUCUUUUUCUGUUGCACUUCUAUUAAAAAAUUACAAUUUGGUACUCAUCAUACGCCCAUACAAUUAAUAAAACAUGGAACCAUUGAUGCCAUCCGAAGUCGCUCGUUUAGUGUACGGUUAUCUAAAGAAAGAGAAAAAUGAAGAUGCUGCAGAAUGCUUUUUAAAAACAUCUCCUCAUUUGACUGAAUGUUUUCAAAUGUUUAAAGCUAAAAGAAACUUUAAUAUUAAAGUGAAUGGGUUUAAUUUACAUGACAUAUUUGACAAUUUUGGAACCAUGUGUACUAUGAUUGAAGAACGAAUACCUGAAACAUGUGAAUCUAAAACGUUACUUGAGAAACUACAAUAUUUGUUGGAUGCAAACCAUAUUUCAAUGAAAGAAAAUAAAUAUGUUGAGACAAAACUAAAUAUGGUUGACAAAUGUGUUGGUAAUACAGUUAAUACUAAAGAUCAAAGUACAGAUACAACAAUAAAUAUAGAAGCAAAUAAAAGCAUAUCAGAAGAGUUGUUAGAAAUUCCAUCAUUCACUGAGAUAAUUACUAAUAAUGUUUCUAAAACAAAAGAAAUUGACCCGAUUAAUAAUGAAACCACAAUAACUGAUGAGAAAAACUCGGUUACAUUUUCUUCGCCCUGCUUAUCUUCAAUGACACAACCAAUAGAAAAUGAUACAAGUACAAUGGCAUUUUCUAAAUUUGAUGAAGACAAAGAAUCAAAAAUAUUUCAAAUAAAUAAACAAACUUGUAGUACACCUGCAAAAAAAAAUGAAGAAACCAAAUUAAGUAUUGAAUCAGUACCACAAUUUAGUCCAAAAAAUAUUCAUAAUCUAAUUUCUGGUGAUCAGACUGAAUACCAACAAAUACCAGAAGCAACCUCACUUGACUCUAUGCCAGGAUUGUCAAAAGAAGAUAGGAUAAAGGAUAAUUCAGUUAUUAUUGAUACUAGUGAAUUAGCAGAUACACUUUUAAAUGACCAAAUUUUGUUGGAAAAAAUUGCAGAUACUAUAAAUAAAUCUUUCGAGGCUCAAAAAGAAACUGACAAUGUUCUUGAAAGUAAAGUCUUGGAUCCUUCUACGCUUGAAAAAGCAUUAGACUCUACUCAGUCUGAUCCACAUAUUAAAAACAUACUGAAUGAGUUUUUAGUUUUUAAUGUUGAUAAUGCUGAUAUUGAUAAAAAAGCAUGUAAUGAUGAUCAACAAGACUCAAUCAAAUCUCGUUUACGUAGUGCCAGAAAAAAAGAUGAUGUACCAAGCAAACUAAAAAAGAAUAAUUCUAAUAUUCCAAAACAUAUUGUUUAUGGUAAUGAAGAGUGUAUGAAAGUUGAUAAUAAUAUUGUACUAAUACAUGAAGGUAAUAUCAGAUCAACCGUUUUUGAUAAUUAUGAUUUAUUAUCAAAUCAAUUAGUUUUACAAUCAAGCGAUUCAUAUAACUUUGACUCAUCUAAAAUAGAACCAGGAGAAGAUUAUUUAGCUAAAGCUGACUAUGUAAAAAUUGCUCCAAAAAUAACUCCCAUGUUAAAAACUCACCAAGCUCCUGAAAAAAUUAUAUUUCCAAAACGAAGAAGACAGUCAUUAGAAGUUCCUGGUAUAAGAAGCAAAUUUAGGAGAACAAAUAUUACUAGACAAUCACCUGUUCAGAAUCCUAAAUCUAUUAUUAUUGAAGUUCCUAAUCAAAAUUCAUUCGAAACUCAAGAAAAAAAUCAUAACAAUAUUAAUGAUAUUAUCAGAUUACCUGAAGCUUCAUCUAAAAUUGAUGAUGUAAUUGUUCAUGAUACACCAGAUGAUAGAUUAAAACCUCCAAAAAAUAAAAGUAUGAGUACACCUCGUAGAAGAAGCACUCAUAUAAGAUGUUUAGAUUUUAGUACUCCGCAGCCUAAAAGUAUGACUCAAACUGAAGCUCGUUCAAAACUUUUCUGUGAUACCCCAAAAAGACUUGAAAAAUGUUUGGAAGAACCUUCAUCUAGUCCUUUACCAAAACUUCAAGCUGAUUGGGGUUCAGUUAAUGGAUUUGAAUCAAUGAUUAAAAAAGAUAGUAUUAAACAUUGGGAUUCAGAUAUUAGAGAAAUGGUGGGGGCUGGAAUUUUAACAUCAGAUGCUGAUGGAAGAAAAACAAGAAAAAAGAAAACGCCAAGAAAAAAAAUUAAACCAGCCAACACGCAAAAUAAUUCAGUUAUACUUGAAGAAGAAAAUAAAUCAAGUAAUAAUUUAACUACAGAAAAAAAUGAAUUACAUGCCAAUAUAUCAAAUAUUUCUGAAAGCUUAUAUGAUGGUUUAAAUGUGCAAGAUUCUAAAAAGCCAUUGUCAGAUAAUCAAAAGCCAUUAAAGGAGCAGAUAGAAUUUCCUAUUUCAAAAAAUGUUGCUGAAGAAUUUAAACAAACUUUAAUUAAAUCUGAUUCUUUGGAUAAUACAAAUGAUCAAAACUUAUUGAGAAAUCAGAAUGAAUUUCCUAUUUCAUUAGAAACGCCAGAUAAAAUAACAGAAUUAUUUAAUCAGCAACCGCAAACUAUAUCUGAAUCUUUGAGAAGCAUCAAUGAUAAAAAAUCAAUUGAAAAACCAAGUGAAUUUUCUAUCUCUUUAGAAACUCCAGAUAAAACUACAGAAUUUUAUACUGAACAACCAUCAUUUAAAUCUAAUCUUUCAAAAAAUGAUAAUAAUGAAAAAUCAUUGAACAAAGAAAAUGAAUUUAUGAUUUCCUUAGAAACUCCAGAUAAAAUAACCGAAUUUAACAAUAAGCAACUGUCUGUUAAAUCUGAUUCUUCAAAAAGCCAAAAUGCAACUCAAAUUAACCUGGAACAGUCUCAAACUAAUGAACAGAAAAAUAAUCAAAAUCAAUUAAUUAACUCUUCUAUUUUAAAUACCACACCAGAAAUGACACAUCAGGAAAAGGAUUCUAACUUUUUAAAAACAGUUAAUAAUCAUAGUUAUUUAUUAUCAAACAAUAAGUCAAAUGAACCAAUUAAACAUUUAAAUGUACAAGGUUUAUUUAAUCAAACUGAUACAAAUAAUUCAAGUGAAUUAAAUAGUCCAGUAAAAUGUAUUAACAUUGAACCAGUUAAACCCAAACUAGUUGAAACCCCAUAUAAGUGUGAUGAUGCUGCUGUUGAUGUGCCUGAAACUCCUGUUUCGAAAAUGAUACGUGAAUUGGAUCCAAGUAAAAUGGUCACACCAUUGCCGUGUACACCAGAACAUUAUGAAGAUUCAUUGACAGAAACACCUUUGACCAAGGUAUUCAGAGAAACGUCAUAUUUAAAUAGACCUCCAAUUUCACCAUUUCCCCCUACUCCAGGAAAUUCAAUGUCCAUUGAUACUUUAAUAGUACCACCAGAACAAGAUAAUAUUAAAAUUUUAAAUAAUACAAAUUUUAAAACAAACAGUUUGAAAGAAUUUUCAACACAACCUAUUCAAACUACUUCUAGUUGUGAAUCAUCAACCAAUAUAAAGAAAGAUAAAGUUGGAUGUACACCCUUAAAGUCUAAAUUAAAAAUCCCAAAUAAAUCUAAAAUAAAAAAAGGAUCAAAAAUAAAAGAUAUUGAAGCAAAAAAGAAACAAGUAUAUGAGUCUGUUAAAAUUGAACUAUUUGGGAGUGAAUUAUCAACAAGUCCAGAAACAAACGAUUUAUCAAAAACUAAUGAACAGCGCAAGACUAUAGUUAUUAACAAAAAACCUCAAACAGAGGAGAAAAAAUCUGGUUUUAAACCAAUACCUAAACGAAAAUCAAUUGAAUCUACAUCUAUUGUAAAUGUUAAUGGCAAUGAAAAUCAUUUGUCAAAUGAAUUAAACAAGCAACCUAUUAAGACUUCAUUUAUUAAGCCAAUAAUAGCACAAUGCAAGAAUAAUAAUGAUAACAUACCAGAAAAAAUAAAGAAAACAAUUUCAAAAAAAAAUAAAAAGUCUAUGGUACAUUUUGAUGACCCAGUUGAAAAAUUCUUUAAAUUAUCUAAAAGUCCAACACUGGAUAAAUCCAACAACAAAAAUACUGAUAAAAUACAAACCAAAACCAUGAUUAAUGACAACUCUGAAUCGUUGAUUGGGUUAAGUAAGCAUUUGAAUAAAACUUCUCCUGCAAUUUAUGACUCUAGUCCAAAAGAAAAAAAAAUCAAAAUAGAAUCCAUGGUAAAGACUUCUAAACUAAAUAAUAGUGAUUCUAAUAUUAAUUAUUCAGAAAUGUAUAAUUCAGAUAAAUCCAGUAAGAAUAUAUCAACAAGUUAUGGUAGUAAUGAAACAAAAACUAAUGAAAUGAACAAUCAAAAUAUUAAAUUAUCUAAGAACUGCAUAACAGACGUAAAUAAAGAGUCUAAUAAAAAACAAAAAAAUACAGCUCAUAAUAAAUCCAUUGAACAGUUAGAUUUAGUUCAAACUAUGCCUAUGGAUAAUAACACAUCUAAUCCAAGUUGUGUUUCUGAAAAUAAAAUUAAUACUAGUCUUGACAAAUCUGAAUCUUCUAUUGUUAACUACAAUAGUAGUGUUAAUAAUACUUCCUGUGUUACUUUUACACAUGAUGAUAAAUUAGAAGUUCAGAUAAACAAGGCCUGUGAUCCACUAAGCAAUAUGGAAUAUUUAAAAAAGCCAAAAGUAUAUGAAGUUAUUACCGAAGAUGGUGAACACGAGUUGGUGUAUUUAAAUGCAUCAGAAACAUUCACUUUUCUUGAUAUACCCUCAGAAUUAAACAAUACACAAUUAUCUGAUCCAAUUGCAUCACCAUCAUUAACAACAAACAAAAUGUUGGACAUUACUCCAAAAAUGGAAUGCGGUGAAUUGGAAAAUGAUGUACUCAUACCAGUGACUAGUACUCCUAAAGAUGAUAUUGAGAUAAAAAAUGAAAAAAAUGAUAGAACUAGAAGAAGCCCCUCUUUUUGGGAUGAUUCUGUUUACAAUUACCCAAUAAAACACAGAGAUGACAGACAUAGAGAUAUAAACCGUCGGCAAAAUAAGACCCAUCAUAAAUAUGAUAAAAAAUAUAGGUCAACCAAAUCUAGAUACUAUGAUGAACGUUUACAAUUUGAUAGUCGAAACCAUAUUCAAAGAAGUCAUCAUCAAAGUGUGAAAAGAGAGUUUUGGGAAGAUUCAGUAAAAGAUAAACAUAGAUUUAAGCAUAAAGAUGAAAAGAGACGGAGUUAUCAUGAUAAUAGUAAAGGAAGAAAUUGGCUUGAAGAAAAUGAACGAUUUUCAAUUCCACAAAGAAUGUCACAAAAUGAUUUACAAAAGUUAAAUAGAUCAGAAGAUAUUGUUAAAAAAGCUACUAAAAGGACUGCAGAUCGAACAGUAUAUAAUAAGACUCCAGCUAAGGUUUCCAAAGUUGAACAUCAACGAUUGCUGAAAAACGUAGAUGUUGAUGAUUUUUUGUCUGUUGUACACGGUCAAAAAUAAAUUACAUAAACUGAUACUGUUUAAUACAGUAGAUACUAAUUAUUGUAUACAUAUUAAAUUAAUGUUAUAUUUUUAUAUUUGCCCUAUAAAGUA